GAAACGGACGUGUGACUUUCCUUUAAUGCACCUAUGCACAUAUAUUACAUUGGCGAUCGACGGUUAAAUUAUGGACUAUUGAUGCGUGCAAAGACAUACGAGUGUUUUUUUUUAUUUGUUAAUGUUUGUUCGUAACGUGAUAAGUGCAUAUGAGUUAAACUACGGUGCGGUUAAUUGUGGGCCUGUGUGUAUCGCGGUACAUAUAAGUACAAAAUGUCGGUUGGAAAGAUCAAGGCUUUUGAAGUAGCUUCUGGUAAUUGGACAAUGUACAUCGAGCGUCUGGAGAUGUAUUUUAAAGCAAACGACAUUAAGGAAGAUGUACAAUUACCUACGCUAAUUGCAGUUAUGGGCACAGACGCAUACGAAUUGUUGAGAAAUCUAACCAGCCCUAAAAAGCCUGGGGAUUUGAAAUACACUGACGUCGUUAAAAUAAUGCAAGACCAUGUGGAACCUAAACCUUCAUUUAUGGCCGAGAGGUAUCGUUUUCGACUGCGGCGCCAAGGGGCAGAGGAAUCCGUGGCACAGUAUCUCACGGAACUCAAGAAGUAGUCGAAGCACUGCGAGUUCGACUCGUCAUCAUUAGAGGACAAUCUCCGUGAUCAAUUUACGUGUGGAUUAAAAAGUGACACUAUAAAACAACGUCUCUUUGCCGAGAAAAAUCUAACCUAUGCGAGAGCGGUAAGCCUCGCGCUCUCGUUGGAAGCGGCGGAGAGGGACGCGGCUACGGUAGAACGCCCGUGUGCGAGCGAGAGCACCGUAGGCAGAUCAGAUAUGGCGUCCGUAAAUGCGAUCACACCGGGACCACGUGGCGGAAAUAUAGGCAGUAAUCGGAACAACAGUGCCAGUGCUAGCAAUAUGCAGAACAAUGCGCCCAAAUGUGCAGUUUGUGGACGGCAAGACCACCGCGAAGCAGCGUGCCGCUAUAAGAACUUCACGUGUAGCAAGUGUGGUUCCGUGGGCCAUCUGAGGCGGGUAUGCCCGUCUUGGGGAUCGGCUAGCGGCAGUAGCGGCCAGGGAGCGCCCGGCGGGCGCGGGCCGGGCGCCGCCGGCAGGCGCGGCGCGGCCGCGGGGGCGCGGCGCGGGCGGCGCGCCCUGCACCACGUCCAGGCCACUUAUGAGACUCCAGGGGCCGACGAGGACAAUUCGUCGGAAACUGAAUUGGAAGAAAAUUUGCAUCACCUAUGUUUAAACGACUACAGACCGAUAUAAGGAGCUGUUUAGCGGCGGUUUGGGGCGGUUCACGGGCGGCAAGGCGACGCUUCGCGUGAAGGAGGGCGCGGCGCCGGUGUACUGUCGCGCGCGCCCGCUGCCCUACGCGCUGCGGGACCGGGUGGACCACGAGCUGGACGAGAUGCUGCGCAGCGGCGUCAUCGAGCCCGUCGACACCUCGGAGUGGGCUACGCCUCUGGUGCCGGUACGUAAAGCUGAUGGCGGAUUGAGAAUAUGUGCGGAUUACAAAAUCACAUUGAACCCGAAUUUGCUGAUCGAUAGGUACCCGUUGCCAAAGAUUGAUGAUUUAUUAGUAAGGUUGAAUGGGGCUCGCGUUUUCUCAAAAAUUGAUUUAACUCAAGCGUAUAAUCAGAUAGAAUUGGAUGAUUCGAAACAAUAUACGGUUAUUAAUACACAUAGGGGAUUGUUUAAGUACAAUAGGUUGGUCUAUGGUCUAUCCUCUAGCCCAGGUAUUUUUCAGAGAAUCAUGUCAAAUCUACUGAAGGAUAUUCCACAGGUAGAAGUUUUUUUAGACGACAUUUUAAUUGGUACCCCAGAUGUGGAAUCACAUUUAUUGAUAUUGGACAAGGUUUUACAGAAGUUACAUAGUCAUGGUAUGAAACUAAAAAAAGUAAAUGUUCCUUUUUUACGGAAGAAGUUCAGUACUUAGGGUUUAUUAUUUCUAAGGACGGCAUUAAAGCCGAUCCGGCCAAAAUUGAGGCCAUUGUAAAAAUUCCACGACCACAGAAUAUAACAGAAUUAAAAUCAUUUUUAGGCGUCGUCAACUUUUAUGCAAGGUUUGUAGCAAAGUUAAGUACUAUAUUAUCGCCUUUAUAUGACCUGCUUAGAAAAGGCGUGGCCUGGAAAUGGGGUAAACUAUGUGAAACGGCAUUUAAAACAAUCAAACAGGUUUUAGUUAGCGCCGAAGUACUGAUGCAUUACGAUCAGAACAAACCUCUAAUCCUCACGACAGAUGCUAGUUCGCGCGGAAUUUCUGGUGUGCUGACUCAACCCUGCGCCGGCGGCGGCGGCGGCGUGCGACCGGGCGCG